UACAAGUUCUGAACAUUUUCUCCCCACUUUCUUUUCACAACUUAUUGCUAUUUUGAGGAGAAGAAAAUAUGGGUGUGAAGGGCAAGUUGAUUGCUUCAUUAGAGGUGAAGAGUGAAGGACACUCUGUUCGGGAUAUUUUUCACGUUAAUACUCAUCAUAUACCCGGUAUAAGCCCUAGUAAGAUCAACCAUUUUGAGAUUCAUGAAGGUCAAAUCAUAAAGGUUGGUUCGAUCAUUAGCUGGAAAUACAAUGAGGAUGAGAAAGAAAAGAUUGUUAAGGAAGUGAUUGAAGCCUUCGAUCAUCAGAAAAUAUCAGUUACUGUGAAAGUGAUUGGAGGAGAUUUGUUAGAGUUGUAUAAUUACUUUACUAUUAUCACAUCCAGUGAAGCUCAGUGGACUACAUGGACAUUUGUGUACGAGAAAAAAACUGAAGACACCCCUAAGCCCCUCCCCUUCAUGGGUGUAGUCCUUGAUUUGACCAAAGAUAUAGAUGCCCACCCUCUCAAGAAAUAAAAGAUCUAUGUCGUUAUCUAUAUACUGUGUGUGUUUGUAUUUGUGCAUGUGAAAUAAAUAAUGGUGUGUGAUGUACGCUAGUCUCCUUCUUUGGAUGUAUUUUUGGUGAUCAGUAUAUGUAAGAUAUUAUGAAAUUUUCAAGUCCGGCUAUGUUAAAGGAA